AUGUCAUUCAAAGCUAAAUAUAAACAUUUAUAUUGUUCACAUGUUCUAAGACAAUUUGAAAGUCCAAGCUCAAUUUAUAACAAGGAUACUCUUAGUGAUACAGAAAUUGUUGAAAUGGUUUUAGAAGAUGCACAAAUUGAAGGUGGUGCUAAUGUAGAUUCUGAUGAAGACAGUGAAGAACCACCACCACGAUUAAAAAAGCUUAUGGAUCUUUGA